CGGUCGCGAGUCGCACGGCAGCCGCUGCGUGAGGCGGAUCGUUCUUUAUUCCGCAGCAUCACGAUCUCAGCUAACCCGAUACAAUUGCGGUCUCCGGUCAAAAUUACGCUGCUUUCGUUGUCGUUAUCGGAGAGAGUCGACUUUAAGAAGAUAAAACGAUCGUGCGACAGUGUCUUUUUUUAAAUUUCGCGGAAGCUUUAAAUUGCUCGUAUCAUCUCGCGUGACUAUUGUCAUUCCAACUUAUCAGAGUUUAUCGAUGUUAAGUGAUAAAUAAGGUUUAGUAAAAGAUCUUACUUCAGACUCUUACUUCGUUCACCGAUAUUUUCAUCGAUAGACGAGUGAACAUUAUUUGAUCAGGAAUUCCGAGACGUGUUUCUAAAUUUUAGAUGCGUUUAUCGAUAGAUUAUCACGUGUAGUGGUCAAUACGCGUCAGUGAAACAUCGAUCGUGGAUCGAUCGAAAGAUACUAAUUUGAAGAAAUUGCAUCAUCGAUUCAGGGUCGUUGAACCGUUGAGAUCUUUGAUCUCGCGUGUCGAUAGUUUCUUUCGACAAAGUAUCACGUUUACUCGAGUACUCGUAACGCAAGCGAUCGUUUUUGAUCGCGUUAACGAUCGGUUAACGAUAGAAGCGUAUGUCAAUGUCACCCUCGAGAUCGAACGGCCACAGUGUCGCAUGCAACGCAUGGUGUCAGAAAGUGUGGUUAGGUUGUUCCUGAAAGUAUCACGGUUCAGGAGAAGUGAAGGGAGCUGAGUGGAACAAAUUCCAUUGGUUUAUGAAGUUUGGCAACGCGAACUCGGUGUCAAGCAUGAUCUUCACCGGCAGGUCGGUGGACGCCCUCGACGAAGUUCGCGGUAGCAACGUGCAGACGGACAACCGUCGGGACGUUAGCGCCGUCGCCAUAGCCGCAGGAUGGUUCUCCAGUUUGCGCAGACCCGGCAAAAGGAACAAGAAGGGCUAUCAAAAGCAGGCCAAGAGCACAUGGGACCUUAGCACAUUAUCUAUGCAACUGAAAGAUGAGCUGGGCGAAGUGGUGGCCGAGAUGGAAGCGAUGGAGGGCGGCGGUCUCGCGGCCGACGAGACCAAGCCGUCGAACAAGGCGAAACAGACGUCGAUCGGCCGUAAGAAGUUCAACAUGGACCCUAAGAAGGGAAUCGAGUACCUGAUCGAGCACAAUCUGCUGGCCCCGACGCCCGAGGACGUCGCCCAGUUCCUUUACAAGGGCGAGGGCCUGAACAAAACCGCGAUCGGCGACUACCUCGGCGAACGACACGACUUCAACGAGAGGGUGUUGCGAGCGUUCGUCGAACUGCACGAUUUCACAGACCUGAUCCUGGUACAAGCUCUUCGACAGUUUCUCUGGUCGUUCAGAUUACCCGGUGAGGCGCAGAAGAUCGACCGGAUGAUGGAAUGUUUCGCGCAAAGGUACUGCCAGCUGAACCCGAACAUAUUCACGAACACGGACACCUGUUACGUGCUCAGCUUCGCCAUCAUUAUGUUGAACACGUCGCUGCACAAUCCAAGCGUCAAGGAUAAGCCCAGCGUGGAACAGUUCAUUUCCAUGAACCGUGGCAUCAACAAUGGCGGCGACCUGCCUCGCGAACUCCUUGUUAGCUUAUACGAAAGUAUAAAGACGGAACCGUUCAAGAUACCAGAAGAUGACGGGAACGAUCUGAUGCACACGUUCUUCAACCCUGACAAGGAAGGCUGGCUCUGGAAGCAAGCAGGCGGACGCUACAAGAGCUGGAAGAGACGAUGGUUCAUAUUAAACGACAACUGUCUUUAUUACUUCGAGUACACGACCGACAAGGAGCCACGAGGCAUCAUUCCGCUGGAAAACAUUCAGGUCAGAGAGGUGCAGGAUCGGCACAAGCCGCAUUGCUUCGAGCUAUACGCCGCCGGCUCCGAGUUCAUCAAAGCGUGUAAGACGGACAGCGAGGGAAAAGUUGUCGAAGGCAAACACACCGUGUACAGAAUGUCUGCGGCCACGGACGAAGAGAAAGAAGAAUGGAUCAAAUGCGUGCGGCAAAGCAUAUCGCACAAUCCCUUCUACGACAUGCUUGCAGCCAGGAAAAAGAAGGCACAAAAGACAAAUGUACAUUCGAAGAGUUAAACUUUACCAUGGACACAGCUUCUGGAGAAGCCUGGCGAGACACAAGACUGUCUAUUCACGAACCUACGUCCCUAUCAGGAUCGUGAAACACAAUCAAACUAAUCUGUACGGGGGUCCAUCCGACUGCGCUGAUUUAGCAGAAGACAUACAGAUGUUCGCUUCACCUGUUGAUGAGUGUUCGUCAACGUAGUUCAAGCGGCACGCAAGACACACAGACAAAUACGAAAGGAAGGGGAAGACGAUGCUAUUGAUUGAAGAUCGUUCGACAUUAUGUUUUGUAUAAGAAUUUAUGCUGCGUUUUAGGGGCCUAGAUGUGUAUUAUUUAAACAGACUUUGACGAUAGACACGAAACGUUUCCCUAAAAGACGAACGAGGAGAGAGAGAGGGAGAGACGUUGAAAAUUGUAGCAACUUUGAAGGUAGUAAAUCGUAUACACAUCCAACGAUCUCGUCGACGGUGCUGGACAAGUUCAAAUUAGACGCGAAAAGACUACUUUUUCUUUUCGUAGAAUUCGCAAAAAGAUAGAUAAAAGAUGUUCUGAGGGAAGCUUCGGUGAAAUGUUUGGAAAAGUUGAUAGAAGAAUAUGACGCGUGUAGCUUAUCGACCGAUGGAAUGAUAGAUUCGUCCAGAACAAAGAAGAGACAAUUUUGGAAAGAGUGAAAUCUUUCUUAUUUUCUGGCAGCUUUAGAGAAUUACCGAAACUCGAUAUUACUUCGAGCAAUCCAAAUAUGCGUAAAAUAUUUAUUUUAUACGGAACCUUCGCGCGUGACAAUGCCGCUUCGCGUUCUUUGCAAGAAAGAAGAAGAACCGGAGGUUCUUUGCCUCCAACCGAAGGUGAUUAGCAAGUGUAAUGGAACAAAGACUUUACAAACAAUUAUAAACGAACAUUAAACGCGAGAACGAAUUGGUAAGACGCGUGCAUUAAUGUGAUAGUUGUGUAUUUAUUUGAGAGAAGAAUGAAAAAUGUAUAGAUAAGACUAGUUCAAAACGUUUCCUCGAUAUGCCAGAAAUCAUCUUAAACUGUACAUUGUCGUACAGUUUGUAAGUAUGGCAUGUUAGCCAAUUACGUGACAGUAGGCUAGAACGAUUUGCGUUUUUUUUUUUUUUUCGUUUGAAUUAUAUAUAUAUAAAUAUAAAUAUAUACAUAUAUAUAAAUAUACAUAUUACGCACGAGACGCGUAACUUUGUGCAUUAUAUAUAUCGCAAUAUAAUAGUUAUGAUAGUACGCGAAAGUUAAAUAGUAACUUGAUAAGAUCCAAUUAAGAGCCUGCAUCCUGACAGUAUUUAAAUUCUCGCAACAAAAAACUGAAAUGUAAGCUUAAUUUACAGAAGCGUGAAUCCGCGUUAUCUACGAAAUUCAUAGAUUUGUUAUUAUGCGUUAAAAAUAACUUAUUCGUCUAGGUUAUUCUUCCUGCUUUUUCAUUUUUAAAUGAUUUAGGCAAAGAAAAAUAUAUCACGAUAGAUUUUUCGAAUACAUUUGAUAAUGAUCUUUGUAGAUAACCGCAAUCCUUUUUAUAUUACAAAGUGUAUCGAUUGCCGCUAGUCAAGCUCUUUCUACUUAUCGAACCCUUUUUACAGGAAAUAGCGCAUUUCAAAUGUUCAAAUGUUCAAAUGUUCAAAUGUUUAUUUGUUAUUAAGUAGUUGCCGAAGCAGAUUUUACACUACUCGCUAUUGUUCUCCGAUUCUAGUUUAAGAAAUCGUACCGAUCCGUCUUCGUGUCGCAAUUUCUAAACGUAGGUCCAUCUUAGCGAUUACCUAGCGAGCUUAAAUCAUAAUAGUACCAAUACAUAGAGGAAAGACAAGAAGAUAAAAAGGAAAGGCAAAGAUGCGGGUGCCUUUGAGAUCUUGUUCAAGCUAGUCGUAACAAUUAAUCCGUCAUAUACAAGGAGUAUGUAAUAGAACUCCAGGAUUAAUUAUGUUCUCUUUUUUUCCUUGCUACAUACGAGAGAGUCAGACAUCGAAGAAGCCUUAUUAUACAUACAUUAAAUAAUGAAACGCAGAAGUAAUUAUAUAGGGCCAAGACUAAUAGGAUAUAAGUUUUUUAACGUCACGCUACUCAUGGUAGGAUGUAUAACUGUUCCGCGAGACAGUAAUUUGUACCCAAUUGUAGUUUUCGAAGAAACGCACUAUUUCUAUUCGACUAUUGGACAGACAAUUGAUUCGUGGUUACCGACCCGUCCUUGAAUCAUCUUUGUACAGACUAUUUUCUCUUUUUUCUUUCCUUUCUUCAACUGCCUGCAACCACAUUAUACAAACAAUUCGAGGGACACCACGUUAAUCAUUAUUCGUCUGUAAUAUUUAUCCAACAACGUCGCUGAUUCCUUCCUUCCGCAAUGCUGCAGUAACGAUAGAUGUAAAAAAAAAAAACUGGUCAUGCAUUGUUAAGGAGUUGUGUAAAGUUAGUUUAGGAGAAUUGCUUAACGUGUUCACAUCCUUCAUAUCAUGUUUCCUUGAAGAAUUGUUUGUAGGUUGAUGUAAUAUAAUUUGUACUUUAUUUGGGGGAAGAUUGAUUAAUUACAUUUACUACUACACCAAGUUAUUGAAAUAACACGCCGAUAUGAAGAGAUAUAAAAUUGUUCGAAUACCUAUUUUAAAAAGAACAACGAUACGACUUGCAAGAAAUUUUUUCAUAAGAAAUAAAAUGUUAAAAAGAGAAGAAAAAUCAAACCGAAAAAUAUGUGAAGUUAUAAUUUAGUCUAAAAUACUCUAACUGAAACGAUUGAUUGAAUUCGAAAAUAAGAGAGCACAAAUCUUGUUUCUUGAUGAAGAAUUCAAGUGAUAACAAUGAAGCACACUUUCAAGUAAUAAAGUUUGUGUAUUAGUAAAGUGAUUUAUUCAAUCUAAGAAUUGUAUAAAGAAAACUGUAUUUUACAGUACAGAAUUGUAUAUUUCGUUGUAUAUUAUUUUCACUCGAUAAUUGUUAUGUAUUCAUACUGAUCUGUGUACUGUAUUUACGAUCGUAUAUGUAUUAAUUUAAACGUAAUUAAUAAAUAUUUCCAUUUCGUAAAAAA